AUGGAAACAAACAGACCCCAAGACCGGGACAUCAUCUACAACCCCAACAUCAUCUCCAGCAGCCAAGUCAUCGGACUCAUCUAUGACCUCAUCGUCCUCAAGCUCCUGCAUGUUGCGACCGUCAUCAUCCGCGUCAUCAACGGGCCUCAAGCGGAAUCCACGAAUCCCUUGCGUUGGGCCAUCUCUCGGCGGGAACUGCUGAUCACCGAGGUCCUCUUAGCGACGUUUUUCAGAUACGAUACUGCGAUUGAUGAACCGGCGGAAAGAGACCAUGUGCCUAGGAAUGGACCCGAAAGUGGAGCGGAAACUGGGGCAGGGACUGGAGCUAUCGUCAGGGGUGGACCUGUGCCUGUAACUGGUGGGCCUGUGCCUAUGUCUAGGGUGGUGUCGCCGAUGCCUCAGGAUCCAGUCAAUGACUCGAUGCGUGUGGCUCAGGAGGGGGAUCUUAAGCUCGAUGAAUUGACAUCAGAGGUAGGGAACGGGGCGAAUUUGACUCCGAGUCCGUUGGUGCGUCUUGCUUCGACCGGGUCGACUGCACAGCCCGACUCUUCGUCGGAGAAGUUGAGAGUCGAGGGAAACGAGCUUGAGCGCGGAAUAUUAGGCACUGUCCCGAGAAUUGAUGGCAGCUCUUUCACUCGUCCGAUUCUGAACCCUUCAACCUCUGUUGCAUAUGAUCGAGCUACCGAGGCCACUCAGACUCGCUCGGAUUAUGGUGGUGCACUCAACCGUCACCGCACGGUCAAUUGGAUCGCCCAGUACCCUGUCACGGAUGUCGAAGCGCAUCCUAUCUCCCUGCGACGACACCACGGCCUGACCGAGGCUCAACUGGUUCAGGAGAGGAAGAGGCUGAAACUCUGGCGAUCCGCCGAUGACCGGUACGCGAGUGCCGACGGUUUGGAGCUGGGAGCGAUGGACAUGUCGGAUUCGACACGGCGUGGCGUGCGCAUCCGAAGUGCUACUUCGGUGAGACCGUUUUCCGAGGUGUAG